AUGACAAAUGCUCUGACUGCAAAUGAAAAAUUAAUUCUAUGCUGUCAUGGUGACCCAGAAAUUGACAAGGACUGCGCGGAGAAGUACUGUCAGAUUCCGUCGAUAGCUCCUCAUAUGGUUGUGCCUUUCAUAUCGGAAUGCGCUCCGAAGGGUAGAACUGUUCCACGAGUAUGGGAUUGCCUUUCCUCUCGUCACGACCACACAGAAUGCUGCAAACGACAGGAACGACAGUUACCCUCGAGUAGUUCUCGUGUUCCUGACACUGUAGUACCUAAGGUAUCUUACACAUCUAAUGUUAAACAAACGAGCUUAGCAGUAGGGCGUCUCCUCGCAUAGAU